CUGGCAUUAACGUCCAAAAUGGAAAGAUGCAAAUGAUGAAGGCUUGAAUUUAUUGUGGUAAUAAAUUUCAGAAUUAUUGUGAACUAUAUAAAGUAGACUACCCGGUUUGGGAGGUCUAGUUGUUCUGAUCUAAUCGUACCAAAAUGAAUAUCGUGAUCGUAAUCUUUGCAAUUGUGGCGUCGGCUUUUGCCCAGUAUAGACCAAUACCUGUAUCACCUCAACAUUUCAUCAGAAUUUUAAGACAGGAGCAAGUAGGCCCUAAUCCAGAUGGAUCAUAUCAAUGGAGUUACGAAACUGAAAAUGGAAUAGCCGCAGACGAACAAGGUCACGUGAAAAACUUCGGAAACCCUCAGGCAGAAGCCAUGGAAGCCGCUGGUUCGUUCAGGUACACCGCUCCAGACAAUACCCCCAUCCAACUGACGUACAUAGCCAACGAGAACGGGUUCCAACCUUCCGGAGCCCAUCUACCAACCCCACCACCCAUACCACUGGCCAUUCUCAGGUCGCUGGAGUACAACGCAGCCCAUCCUGAACAGGAUGACAGUUUGCAAGGAGCUAGAUAUGGGAAAUGAGAAAUAUAUUGAUGAUGAUUUUGAACGGAUGAAUAUGGAAUAUGCGAAGUACGUGCUGAGAUCUCUGGCUUUUAUAUAUUUUAUAUAAAGUUUUAUACAAAUAUAUUUAAUAAAGGAAUUGAUUACUACGGUAGU